GUACUCUUUUUUCUUCUUCUUUUUCAACUUUUCCCCCUUGUACAUUUUUCCAGUUUGUAUAUAUCUUUAAUUUUUCUUUUGUUACCAUGCCUCGAUCGAUGGAACCUAUUACUCUUGCAAGAGAUCCUUUGCCGCAUGUUCAACUAUCCACGGCACCCAAGAUUAAAAAACGUUUCUCUCCCCAUUUUCUAUAUCGUCCACGACCAUCUACACCUACAGAGGAAAAGGCGGCGACACCCAAACUGGAAGAAAAGACGGCCUCUUGGGAAACCACUUUAGAGCGAUGUAUCAAGAGCAUCGUGUCCAUCAAAGCCACCCGUGUGCGUGCUCUCGAUACAGAAACACCCGGGGUGUUUACCGCCACAGGGUUCAUUGUCGAUGCUGAACGAGGCAUCCUUUUAUCCAAUCGUCAUGUCGUAUCGGUAGCGCCCAUUGUGGCCCAAGCCGUUUUAUGCAACUACGAGGAAAUCGAACUGACCCCCAUCUAUCGCGACCCAGUGCAUGAUUUUGGUUUCUUCCGAUACGAUCCCAGCAAAGUCCAAUUCGUUGAUAUUCCCGGCAUCGAGUUGUACCCCGAAGGUGCCGCGGUGGGCCAAGAAAUUCGCGUGGUCGGCAAUGAUGCCGGUGAAAAGCUGAGUAUCCUUUCCGGUACCUUGGCCCGCCUUGACCGUGAAGCUCCAGACUAUGGUCUUGGUAGUUACAACGAUUUCAACACAUUUUACCUCCAAGCCGCUUCGGGUACUAGUGCCGGGUCGAGUGGAAGCCCGGUGCUCGAUAUGCAAGGUCGUGCGGUCGCGUUGAAUGCAGGUGGCGCUUCACGGUCUUCUUCCAGUUACUAUUUGCCCUUGGAUCGGGUCAAACGGGCGCUUCAACUCAUUCAACGGGGUGAACCGGUACCGCGAGGCACUUUGCAAGCCGAAUUCCAGUUUCGCUCUUAUGACGAACUGGCCCGACUGGGGUUGGAAAAACACAUGGAGCAACGUUUGCGAUCGCGGACUUUAUCGUCGGGAGAAACCAACCAAGGUCUGUUGGUAGUCAAAGCCGUGACCCCCAAAGGACCGGCGCAUGGCCUGCUUGAACCCGGUGACAUCCUUCUGACAGUGCAAGGAUGCAUUGUGCCGUACUUUUCAGGGUUGGCCGACCUUUUGGACAAUGCCGUCGAUCAAAAGAUACACGUGGUCAUUGCCCGUGCUGGACAGCUGUGCGAGAAACAAAUGACAGUACAAGACCUUCACAGUAUUACACCGCAUCGGUACCUUGAAUUUGGGGGCGGGAUGCUGAGUGAUUUCUCGUAUCAGAUGGCCCGUUCGUAUGGGCUCGCCGUUAAGGAUGCGGGCGUGUACGUCGGCAGUGCGGGUUAUAUUUUGGGCGCCGCUUACGCGAUGCGAAAAUCGGUUAUUGUGGGUCUGAACAACCAACCGGUGCAUAAUUUGGACGACUUUAUCCGCAUCGUGCGCGAUCUUCGUCAAGGCGAUCAAGUCCCCAUUCGUUAUUAUUCACUAUCGCGCGCAUUGAAAGACAAAGUCAUGAUCGUUCUCAUCGAUCAUCGAUGGCACAAGUUUCGACUCGCCACCCGAAAUGAUGUGACAGGGAUGUGGGACUAUACCGAUCUGGGUCAACCCAAGCUGCCUUUGGAACCAAAGAUUGAACUACACGGAGCGUCCAGUCAGUCCAAAGUGAUGAACAACAACGUGUACAAGAGCGAUGCACAGCAACAUGCAACGGAAACGGAGCAGGGGCCCAUUGAAAGACUAACAAAGUCACUCGUCUCGGUGGAUUGUUUUCCACCGUAUGUGAUUGAUGGCUUGCAAAAUUCACAUUCGUUUGGUGCCGGAUUUGUUGUGUCCCUGGAUCCACCCUUGAUUAUUUGCGAUCGUGACACUGUCCCGGUGGCGAUGUGCCGCAUUUCGUUGACGUUUAACAAUGCGCUCAAGAUCCCAGGGGAGCUUCUGUUCCUGCAUCCAUUCUACAACUAUGCCGUUGUCACGUUUGACAUUACACAGUUGAACCAGGCCGCGAUUGAAGUCCACCCGGCUGAAUUCAGUGAUCAACCUCUCACCCAAGGAUCCACCGCGCACUACAUCGGUCUCGGUGGCGAUGAUUUACCUAUCAUGAAGGAAGUGACCGUUUCAUCCAUCACACCGGUACGCACCAAGGAGGCCACCCCAGCACGUUGGCGAGCGGUGAAUGUGGAAGCGGCGCGGGCAGGCGAUAUUGGUGGCCAAGGCGGAUUGUUGGCCGAUGCGCAAGGCAAAGUUCAAGGCUACUGGAUGAGCUUUGCUACGGAAUCCGAACUCAACUUGCCGACCAAUGUCAUGGCAGGGUUGCCUUCGGAACUGAUGGUGCCUGUGAUUGAGCGGCUACGAUCGGGUCAGUCACCCAGUGUGCGUGGGUUACCCAUUGACUGUUGGACGAUGCAGCUGGCCAACGCCCGCUUAUUGGGCUUAUCGGAUAUUUGGUUGCAGCGACUCAAUCGGCACAAACACGUGGUGUACGUUAUGGGGUUAACCGAUCUGUCGAGCGAGUGUGCCAAGUUUCUGAAAACCGGGGACAUUAUCCUGGAAAUCAAUGGCGAUCUAAUAGUUCGCAUCUCGGAUCUCGCCAAGUAUUCGCAGGAGCAAGAAUUAAAUAUGACCAUUCUACGUGACGGCAAAGAAAUGACCAUGACCGUGCCUACCACGCUGUAUCCUGAUCUUGAGACGACGCGCGUCAUUGGAUGGCAGGGAAUGUAUAUUCAGGAGGCCCACAUGGCCGCAAAAGAACAAUUGCAAGAAGAGAUUCCCGAGGGCGUGUACGUUUCCUGCUGCCUUUUUGGUUCCCCGGCCGAGGUGUCACUGAUUCCGGGUAUCUGGAUUACCGAGGUGGAUCAGCAGCGUGUGAAGACCAUGGACGACUUUUUAACAGCGAUACGACAGCAUCGAUACCGUCAAAAGAUUGCUGAAGCUCGUGCUCCGCUAGCUUUCGAAAAACCGCAAAGCAAAGAAGCCAUGUGGCUCCUGGCGCCGGCGAAAGAAGACCAACAAGUCGCCAGCGUACAUCAUGAUCCCUCCCACAUUCGCGUAAAGUACAUUACCCGAAAUAACAUUACCCACGUCAGUGCCCUCAAAUUAGACCGUCAUUACUGGCCAACCUGGCAAAUUCAGAAAGAUCCCUCCAAUCCUCUAGGCUGGCGAUACGAUUACGAUAUUGCCUAAUUACCACGUAUAAUAAAUUAUUAUUUUGUACACUU